UGUGCGACUGAUCGCAGUGUCCACCCUUCUGCCCUCUGAGCCACUCCGGGCUCCGGCUCCCACCCGCAGAGAGCAGCCGCCGCAGCCUGAGCCAACUCGCUUCUCUCACACGCAGCGAGCCAUCUAACGCAGCGCCCGGGAGAUGAUGGUGACAGUUUAACCUAAUCCUGUCCGGGGCCUUAGAUCCGACCCCGCGGGCAUUGUGAAAUCCUAGGUAUUCUCCAUACACACAAAGUGUUGGGCCCCCGCAGUGUCUCCUUGCCUCCCCCAGUUCCCCAAACUCUCCUAAGUUUGAUUCCCGGGCCGAGUAGCUGGCCCUGCGUUCUCUUGGUUGGCUCCGCUGCUUAGUUUUGUAGGAUUUUUUUUUUUGGCUGGAAGCUGGGGAUCAAUUUAGGACCUUAUUGCUUGGUUUCUGUAGGAUUUACUCUGUGAUCAUGGAGUACACAGCAUCCCCCAAACCUCAGCUCUCCUCUAGAGCCAACGCGUUCUCCAUUGCUGCGCUCAUGUCAAGUGGAAGCUCGAAAGAAAAGGAAAGUGCAGAGAGCACCAUCAAACCUCUGGAACAAUUUGUUGAAAAAUCCUCCUGCGCACAGCCCCUGAGUGACUUGUCCAGCCUGGAUCCCCACGGGGAGUUCAGCGCCAGCCCUUCCGCCCUCUGCACCGAGCCCCUCAUCCCCACCACCCCCAUCAUCCCCAGCGAGGAAAUGGCCAAGAUCUCCUGCAGCCUGGAGACCAAAGAACUGUGGGACAAGUUCCACGAGCUGGGCACCGAGAUGAUCAUCACCAAGUCUGGCAGGAGAAUGUUUCCUACUAUUAGGGUUUCCUUUUCGGGAGUGGAUCCUGAGGCCAGGUACAUCGUGCUAAUGGAUAUAGUCCCAGUGGACAAUAAGAGAUAUAGAUACGCUUACCACAGAUCUUCCUGGUUGGUAGCUGGAAAAGCUGACCCUCCGCUUCCUGCAAGGUUGUAUGUGCACCCUGAUUCUCCAUUUACAGGGGAACAAUUAUUAAAGCAGAUGGUGUCCUUUGAAAAAGUGAAACUGACGAACAAUGAACUGGAUCAACAUGGGCAUAUCAUUUUGAACUCCAUGCACAAGUACCAGCCCAGGGUGCACAUCAUUAAGAAGAAAGACCACACUGCCUCCUUGCUAAACCUGAAAUCUGAAGAGUUCAGGACGUUUAUCUUUCCAGAGACAGUUUUUACAGCAGUCACUGCCUACCAGAAUCAGUUGAUAACCAAGCUGAAAAUUGACAGCAACCCUUUUGCUAAAGGAUUUCGGGACUCUUCCAGACUCACUGAUAUCGAGAGAGAGAGUGUGGAGAGCCUUAUUCAAAAGCAUUCCUAUGCACGUUCCCCCAUCAGAACCUAUGGAGGAGAAGAUGAUGUUCUGGGAGAUGAGAGCCAGGCAACACAAAGCAGAGGAUCAGCUUUUACAACAUCCGAUAACUUAUCCCUCAGCUCCUGGGUAUCCUCUUCAACCAGUUUUCCUGGAUUUCAGCACCCACAGUCCUUGACUGCCCUUGGUACCAGCACUGCAUCCAUAGCUACACCCAUCCCUCAUCCAAUCCAAGGAUCUCUGCCUCCAUACAGCCGCCUGGGAAUGCCUCUUACACCUUCUGCCAUAGCCAGCUCAAUGCAAGGUAGUGGCCCAACAUUCCCAUCAUUCCACAUGCCCAGAUACCACCAUUACUUUCAGCAGGGGCCUUAUGCAGCUAUUCAAGGACUGCGUCAUUCCUCUGCAGUGAUGACACCAUUUGUAUGACUGACAUAAGACAAGGGAAAUCAAGAUUUUUAAAUGUGCAAAUUUGGUAUGAAAAUACAGGGGACCUUCCCAAAAGACCUAUGGAGAAAGAGCUGAACUCAUAACAGACCAGCUAACAUAAUGCAUUGUGGAUACAGAUUCCUCCAUCAAGGGGUCACAGCAAGAGAAUGAAGCUUGGAGUUGCAAAAGGAUCUGUGUGCUACAGCCAAAAGUUCACAGGACUUUUAGCCAAGUGCAGGUUGAUCCGAAGGUGCAUUAUGCCUAGCGGAGUAAGAAGGUGCGUUUACGCAGCAAUGUACAAAUUAAUUGUGUAUAGUUUUUUCCACAUGCUAAAAGAAUCCUGAAAGAGGCAAUACUCUUACUUGACUCCAUCCUUCCUUCUGAGAGCCAAUAUGGGAAGAUUUAUUGCUAUAGCUUUGAGCAUGUUUAGGCUAUCUCAGCAUUAGUUUGCUGGGAGAAAAGGAGGGGGAAAGAUUGUCCUUCUGGCUUAUCUUCAAUAAGAACCGUUUCUUAGUUCUAAAGGGGAAAUACCAAGAAAAUAUGAUCACAAAACAAGUCUUGAAUUCUUUAUUUUCUUUGAGUUCACGAAGUUAUCAGUUCAGAAAAAAAGACUGUUUGAGAACUAUAUAAAAUGUUAUAUUCUGUACUUUGUCUAAAAAUAAGCUCCUCACAUAUCCCAGAAGGGCGCAAUUUAAGCAUCUGUCAGGAGUGAUGGAAGGAAAAAUUUAUUCUGAAGGAUCUGUUACUUUUAAUCUGAAAAUGAAAGAUCUCAAAUCUUCACCCUGAAUCAUUUAUCUGCCACUGAUACUAAAGGACCCCUCUCUCCAGAUGUGCACUUGUAUGAGAUAAAGAAACAGAGCCAAAUUCUUUUACUAUAAAGGUCUGCCCAUCCAACUUGCAAAUGUCAGUGGAUCCUGGUGCAUGACCAGCACAUAAGAAUUUACUAGCUUCUCCUCUGAUUUUCAUGGUGAUGAGUAAUAUUGCCAGCUAUGCUGUCCUGCCAGGCAGACCAGAGCCAAAUUCUGUGUUUAUAUAUGUCACAGUUUGAUCAGUGGAAUGGCCUGGGGGUAUAAAUCAGCAUGUAAUUUGGCCCACAAUAUUUUACUCAUAUCUAUCUUUUAAUAGGUUUCUAAUUAAACAUGGUUGUGUAAACAAUAGGUCUGAUUCUGGCUGCAAUCCAGACUUUCUAGUUAUUUUUUUGUCUGUAAUAUAAUAAUGUAAUUAAAAUAAUGGGUCAGAUUUGCUUCUGUGCAGAGAUCCAACUUGAGGCCUGUGCACCACUGAAGUCUUAAGAGGUGUUGAUGUCUUGUGCUGGCUCUCUGUACAGGGUGAAUUUCAACAUCUGUGAAGAAUAAACAACAUUCAGAUGAAAGAGCAGGGUCCAAUCAGCUCAGCCAAUGUAUAGUUUCUGUAUAUAGGUAAGAAAUACCAUAUGCUUAUUGACCCCAGUUCUUACACCCUAGUCACGAGUUCUAUAAGGAGAACUUACAAGGGGCUGUAGGGGCUGAUCAGAAGUAAGGGUUAGAGUGGAAGGCCAAUCUUCGUCGCAUUAUUCUGUUUUAUACCUGACCAAUGUGUGUUACAACACUAUAUGCAAUAGAGAUUGCAGCAUUUUAUGCUAUAUGCCAUACAUCUGGGUGAAUGGAAAGGCAUGUCACAUGACAGUCUCUUGGCUGUCGCCCACUGACUUGCCUCUUGCUGUCCUGCCACAAAAUGCUGUAACAGCAUCUCACACUUUGCCUAAUUCUUACGCUAUGUUCCAUUGCAGCUGAGUAAAACAAAGGAUGAUAUUUGUCUGACAGAUGAGACCUGUACUGAUAAAUCAAGAACAGCUGGUUGCCUUUAAAAUCUUGCCAAUUUUUCCCUUGAACAAAUAGGUACCAUUACCUCAGUAAUUGAAGUUUUAUUUUGCCUUCACCCAACUUUGCAUAGGGAAUGCUGCAAAGACUGGUGUAAAAUUAUCUGAGGCAAAUGAGUUUGUUUUGUGUUUUUUUGUUUGUUUGUUUGUUUUUUGUUUGAAUGGGUGAACAUGAUAAUCCAUUCAUGAUUUCUGGACUCAGAGGCCCUCUGGGAAAUGUCACAAAUCAAUAUAUUGGGCCAAGCCUUCGGUCUGCUUGCAUGGGCAGUAAAUAGAUGUUGAAUUUGGCCAGCUGUACCUACAUACUGGAGUUUGCUCUCGGCUGUCAGACUUAGCUGCAAGUUAUUUGUACUGAAGACCCACUUUUGGCUAAUCAUGCCCUGUUUUGAUA